CUAGAAUCAAAUAAUGUCUUUGAGGUCAUUUUCGCCAUUUUAUGAGAGAGUACCCGGCCGACUGUCGACUUUUAUUCGCACAAAAGAUCGGCAUUUCACUUAGUUUGCCAGCCAGUUUUCAUCUAUUAGAGCAACUGGAAGUCGGCUUUGCGAUCUGGUUUCACUUUUCUGUGUGGAAAAAGACGGGAAAGGGGUAAACCGGCCCUGUGUUUUUCAGGGUGUUGGUCGUUUCUUUCUUUCCAAGCUGAACGUCAUUGCUUCAUCGAUUGUUGUAUGCACGAGGCGCACUCAUUAUGGACUGACAUCAAGUAGCCUUCACAGAGAGUCGCGAGUAAGGCGACAGAAGUGUAAAACUUCGUCCCCGUUCGGCUCGAAAAGGGCCCGAAUACGCCACUUUGUGGGCGUCUGGGAUUUUCCCCCUUUUCUUCAGGGUUGUCACCAACUCUUCGCUGAGAAGCCAAGUGCUUCUUGGGCGGAGUUUUGGGCCGAAUUUUCAAGUCAAGAUUGCGAACCGCAACGUGAACAGUGAUAAAAUGGCUAUGAGCCGUGCACGUGUGUAUGCAGAUGUGAAUACACACAGACCGAGAGACUACUGGGAUUAUGAAUCUCAUGUCGUCGAAUGGGGGCAACAAGAUGACUAUCAGAUAGUUCGCAAGCUCGGCCGUGGCAAAUACAGUGAAGUAUUUGAGGCAGUGAAUGUCACCAACAACGAGAAGUGUGUGAUCAAGAUCCUGAAGCCCGUCAAGAAGAAGAAGAUCAAGAGAGAAAUCAAGAUCUUGGAGAACCUUCGUGGAGGACCCAACAUCAUCAACCUACAGGCAAUCGUCAAAGACCCUGUGUCACGUACACCAGCACUUAUAUUUGAGUAUGUCAACAACACAGAUUUCAAGCAACUUUACCAAACUUUAACAGAUUACGAGAUCAGGUACUACCUAUUUGAACUUCUGAAGGCACUAGAUUACAGUCACAGUAUGGGCAUAAUACACCGAGAUGUCAAACCACACAACGUAAUGAUCGAUCAUGAAAAUAGGAAGCUUCGUCUGAUCGACUGGGGGUUAGCCGAGUUCUAUCAUCCAGGACAGGAGUACAAUGUAAGAGUGGCGUCCAGGUACUUCAAGGGGCCAGAGUUAUUAGUUGAUUACCAGCUGUAUGACUACUCAUUAGACAUGUGGAGUCUUGGGUGUAUGUUGGCCAGCAUGAUAUUCCGCAAGGAACCCUUCUUCCAUGGCCAUGACAACUACGAUCAACUGGUGCGCAUCGCCAAGGUGCUGGGCACCGAUGAACUCUACGAGUACCUGGACAAGUAUCAAAUCGAACUUGAUCCAAGGUUCAACGAUAUUCUUGGAAGGCAUUCAAGGAAGAGAUGGGAGCGAUUUGUACACAGUGAAAACCAGCACCUUGUGAGUCAAGAAGCACUGGACUUCUUAGAUAAGCUGCUACGGUACGACCACCAAGAGAGGCUUACUGCAAGGGAAGCUAUGGAUCACCCUUACUUCUAUCCUGUGGUGAAGGAGCAGAAUAGAUCCUUACCAGCUAUGAUGAACGUACCAGUGUCCACGUCGGUCAUUUCAACAACUGCUCCAACAAGUACAUAUGCUACCAACACAUCUUCAAGAACGAUGGCAGCAAUUCCGGCUGGCUCCCCAGUUAUAUCAGCACCGUCAGCACAGCCAAUGCAGCCCAUCCAAAACCCUAGUCCUGCAGCUGCCGUCGUACCAUAAGUCAGUCACCACCUGUUACAUCAAGAACAUCACCUCUACGGUACUAUUAAUCACCAUAGUUAUUGUGGGCACUUUGUUUUCAAGAAAUACAAAUAUUCAAAAAAAUACUCCCCAAAAAAUAAGCGCUUGUUGAUUUCGGUCGAGAGUUGGAAUAGAUGUGUUUAGUGUUUGGCGAGUUUUAUACCCUCAUGGAGGAGACCUGUGCAAAGCAGACAAGAGUUGCGAUGUUUUUUUUUGUUUUUCUUUUCCUUUUUUGAACCCAUGUUUUCCAGCUGAGGUUUUUGUGAAGUAAUAUUGCUAUUUGCUUGAAUAUUGGAGUUUCGCAGGUAACUGACUUUCAGAUCUGGUCACAGCUUAUGAAUUAGAGUUCCCUUUCCACCAAGUUUACUUGUAAUGCCAUUAUUCUAGAGAUUGUUCUACAGCCCUCGUUUUGUCUACGUCAAGGACAGUAGCGGGACUUGUUUUCAAUUUGGUCCCAGUUUUGUUGCCCAAUUUGCACCACAGUGAUAAUCUGUCAUGUUUUACCACGAUCCCCAGUUUUCCUUAAUGGAUCGACACGUUUUUGUAGUUAACUGUUUUUCACUGUUCCCACAGAUGGUAUGCGUCCACAUUUGUCACCAAAACAAAGUUAGAGACUGUGUUUAAAACUUACAACUUGUUUUACUUUUUUUGGGUGUUCUCAUCCAAUUUUGGUAAAAAUUGUAAAAAGUAAAGUGUUUCUUUUGCUCUUUUACUUUGUAUUUUGCUUUGUUGAUAACCUAAGUACAAAACGGCAAAACACAAUUCCAUUUCUAAAUUAAUUUUGGUUUAUUCUGACUAUGCAGAGAUCCCCCCCCCAAGAAUUUUUCUUUUUGAGAAGAUAUUCUCUGUCAUGCAUUUACAUGCCCAGAGUACUUGAGGGUCUGUGUUUAACACGCUGUAUUCACACGAAGUAAGAGCAAAGAUUUGGAAAAGGGGACAAUCUGUUUUCAUUUUUAGCCCUCGGUUUUGAAGCCUAAAUUUGUGCAGAAUAAAACCAAUUAGGGUUUCAUGUAGAGAUAUUGGGCAUGCAAGUUUCUGGCUGUUUGUUUUUCUUGUAUUUUUGUCCUUUCUUUUUAGUGCCAUAGAAACUGAAAAACACUUUACAAAUAUUGGUGUGGUUUGCGGUUUUUUGUUCUUUUGUAAAAAAAAACAAAAACAAGUUGAACAUCUGACAUAUUUAUGUCAUUAGUAAAGACGUCAUGAAGAAGAUCAUGAUGGACCUGGGGUGCUUAACUGCUGCUUCUUUUGACAUGUGCUCUUCCUCACAUGUAUAAAUCACCAACAUUAUGUCUGAACCUCGUAUAAAUGUUGUCAGGGGUCACCCAAAGUUGUUCAAAGUGUUUCAAAUCAGUCUUUUUCCAGAACCAUACCUUGUCACAAAAUAUGUCUCCAAUAAAUGGAUCCUGUCGAACUUGUACUGUGUUUAUCAGAGAUCACCGAUUAGAGUUGGGGCAAUUCCUUCAACUGUCCGUCCCUUUGCUGUGGUUAGAAACCUCACUCACCGUAAAUGAUUCAGAGGUUGUUUGUUAAAACUCCAUGGCUAAAUUGCCUCGUUUUUUUUCUUGGUUUUUUAAAUCUCACACCCUGUUUGCAAAUAUAAGUUCUCUAAAAUUUUUCUUCUUUUUAUAAUUUGAUUUUGAAUUUAUCUGCCAAGAGGAAGUUCUUUGUACAGAAAUAUCACAACUGAUGUAAAAUAAGUUUUGUUAUCUACACCUUUAAUAUGCUGUUUAAAGUAAAUUAACCAAAAUAACCAAUUAACUGAGAUGAAUGAUCAUGGAGGAAAGUACAUGAGUCGGCAAAGUUUUGCCAUGUGCUACUACAACUACUUUGUUGAAAACGGACACAUUUAUAAUUUUAGUCUUGUAAAUGUGCUGUAUUGGUUUUUGUAUUCGUUUCUUGUUUAUCGUAUUUUAAACAAUGCUAACAUGCAGGGAACUAAUCACAAUACGUUUUGUUAUUAUACCAGGACGUGUUAAAAUUGCAAUAUUAGUGAUAUUGUAACAGGUUGACUUUAUAGGGUGUAUACAAUAUUAUCUAUAACAAACAAAAGAGAGUUAAACAGUGUCCAUGUCGAGGCUUGGGAGAUGGAGCCCAGGCCAACUUUUAUUGAGCUGCUAAACUCACUUAACACAGAAAACCCCCUGCUAAGCAAAAACCGGUUACCAGCUUAAAUCUCAAAUGAUUAUAAAUCAUCUGGUACACUGCUAAAGUUUGCUUAGCAAGUUGAGCUAAGCAAGGUUAAAUUUGCCGCAAAAUUCCAUGCUAACAACCAAUAGAGUCGAUGCUUUUACAGGACACUUUAAGUGCAGAAUUCUGUGGUAAGCAGAGCCAUGAAAUUUGGCUCUUGCCAGCAGCUCCAUAAAAUUACCGAGGAAUUACAGAAUUGACUGAAGGCUCAUACUGUGUGAUGACCCCACACCAACAUCAAGUACUUCUCAGAAAUAAUGAAAUGGUGUUAAACAUGAAGACAUGAAUAAAACUUCAAUCUUGACAUCAAUAAGCAACCCUGCUUGAAAUGAUCUUCGCCACAUAUUUGAUGAGGAAAUAAAUCCAGUUUUGAGUUCUUACUGGGAAGUGCAAGGUUUUUUGGAUGGAGCAUCCAUCAAAUAUUGAAAAAAUAAUUAUGCGAUAACUUACAGAACAGAUACAAUGUAAGCUGAAUUAUAUUGGAUUAUCGUGUGGUUGAACAGAGAAAAUUUACAAAGGACUUGAGUCUGCGACGUCUGUGUUAAUGUGCCUGGAGUGUGCUCUCCCAAGUGAGCUAUCUAGCCCAAUGUUGGUGGUUUCCCUAUUAAAAGUUAAUACAUGUAUCUUUGUUUGGGGUGCCAGUCAGAAGCAAGUUUAGGGCGUAAUUGUUCAGGUUGAAGUCACUCUCUGUUAAUUUUUCUUUGUUCAACCCCAAAUUAAUUCAAAAUUUACCUAGUCAGUUUUCCCUGUGGUUUAUCACAUAAAGUACUUUGGUUUCCUUCCACGUCUGGAUGGUUCAACUCAAUUUAUUUUGCAAGAAAAGAAAGAGAAAAUUAAUGAUCUGAUUUAAGAAAGCUGAAAAUAUUUUGUUUUGCGUUACCACUUGAUAAGGUUGAAGUGGAGUUGUACAGGGUUUUUACCAAAGAUGUACACCUUUUCUCAUUUUAUUUUUAGUCUCUACCAUUCUGUUCAUACUUUGAAACAAAGCCUUUGACAUGUUUUCAGUUUGGUGUUGUCUUUGUUUUGGGAUUUUUUUAUGUUGUUUUUAUUAUCAUUUGAUUCUGCCCUAAAUGAUUUGAUUCUGGUAUGAGAUAGGGCUGAUGUGAUUUUGUUUUCAUGUAAAAAGAGAUUUAAAAAAUGACAACGUACACAGACUGGCAUUUUUACUGUAGAUCAGAAAUCAAAAAUGCAAAUCGCAAAAAAUGACGACAGAACAACCCUUUGUAUUUCAAAGUAACAGUUUACAUGUCAACUCCUUUAUAUUCUACUAGAUAGUGUAGAGAUUUAGCGUUGUAUCAGUACCAGAGAUUUGGGGUGUAAUUAGGUGAAGUCAGUAUACAGUUUUAGAAGUGGAAGUGUGUUCCCUUUUACAACAGAUGAUUUUGUCCGUUAGUAAUGUGCUUUAAGGGGUGAUGACAGCUACUUCCAAAACAACUGUUAACAAUGAGUGACUUCACACCACUCAGUACUGUGGUUGAACGAGUCAGGAGUUGUCUGCUCAAGGUUUUAUGGUCAUACAAAGGGAGAGUCUAAAAAAGCAGGUGUAGAACUCUGGCUGGUAACUAAAUUGCCACUUUUUAUUGGUUGGUGGAUCAGUUUGUAUACCCGGCCAGUUCACACAAAUUGCUGACAGGCGGGUUACAGAAGAGUAGAGUUCUGGCUUGCUAUUAAUCAUAUUAGUUCCUAAUCAACUAGAUCACAAGCCAACAGAUCAUAGUGGCCUUUGGAUAAAAACUUCUAACCUGAAUGUUUAGAACCUCCCUUAUGGGACACAAAGACCCAGCAAAACAAUUAACCGACAAAAUACUGUAAUUAUGACAAUUUAAAAAACCACCAAUAGUACCACAGGAGGUCAACCUUAAUUAGUGUGAUAAUUUAUAUAAGAUUAAUACAAAUGUGUGUAUUGAUAUUACAACUAUAAACAAAAAGCAUUGAUGAACAGUAAAUAACCGGUUGUGUUCAACGAGGGCUUUAUUUAAUGUUUGGGGCCUAUUUUGCUAAUUCCGAGAGGAAGAAAAAAAAAAAUAAAGUGCAUCUUGAAUGAUGUUGAGCUUUA